AGGCGUGGAACAACCUCGGCGUCGCGUGCCGGAACCUGAAAGAGCCAGAGCUGGCAGUGGAGGCGUACGGCAUGGCGAUGAAGAUCAACGUGAAUUGCGCGAAGACAAGGGAGAACAUGGCCAUCGCCCUCCUCGAGGUCGGCUGCCAGCGCCUGCAGCAGAAGGACUUCAAGAGGGCGUCGUCCGUCCUCAAGCGAGCGCUGGUUUUCAACUCGAAAAACGCGGACGUGUUCUUCAACCUGGGGGUGAUGUACGCGGAGGUCCAGAAAUGGGACCGCGCACUGGUGCAGUACGAGCUUGCGACCCGCCUGGAUCCGAAGCACACGACUGCUCACAAUAACCUGGGCGUGAUACACAGAAGGCAGGGCAACAUGGAGGCCGCCAUCCACUGCUUCGAGACGGCGCUGAAAGUGGACCCCGGCAUGAACCUGGCGAGCAAGAACUUAGGUGCAGUCUAUGGGGCUGUUGGAAGGAUGGCCGACUCCAUCCGGUUGACCAAGGUCGCGCUAGAAGCCAAUCCGCAAGACGCCGAAGCGUUGAACAAUUUGGCCUUGCUGCACCGCGACCAGGGAGAUGUCGACAUAUGCAUUGAGCACUUAGAUAAGUGUCUGAGUUUGGAGCCGAACAACAUACAUGCUUGCUCUAACCGGCUGAUGACGUUCAACUAUCCAUCGGAGAAGUCGCGCGAGGAGGUGUUCCAGGCCCACAGGGACUGGGGGUGCCAGCUCGAGCGGCGCGUCCCCGCGGCGUACAGCUCCUGGGAGGUCUCUCGGCCGACUGGACGGGACCCAGGCUUGCUGAGCUCAGCCCCGCCGGUGAUGGGUGCGCCUGCGGCCGAGUCCCGCCCCGCUGCUCUACCGGGGCGCGGGCGGGCGGGGCCUCGGGCGGCCGGAGGGCGCGGGGUGCAGGCGGUGCUGAAGAGCCUG